AUGAUUUCUUUCUUAUUUUCUUUCACACAAAGUUCUGCAAAUAAAGAUGGAAUAUUCAAAAAAAUUUAUUCUAAGCAUAAUAUCAUCUUUGAUGUUAGUGGAUCAUCACAACAAUACAUAAAUGGCACUAAGCAAACAACAAAACCAGAAUAUGCGAUUUAUCCAUGGGACAAAACCUACGAUUGGUGCUCAAAUUGUGCUAAAAAGCAGGAUGAGCAUCCAUACAUAACAUUCUCCGUUGCAAAAAAGAAUUUCAAAUUUAACUCGUAUUUCCUUCGCUGUGGAUGUUGCUACGAUGCAGGCUGCUGCUGUGAAGAAAGCGGAUACUGCUUUGAUUGCUGUCUAUACUCAUGGUCCGUACUGAUUUCCGAUGACAACAAAACUUGGACGGAAAUACACAAAAUCAAAGACGAUUCAAUGAGAAUUUGCAAUGAGAAAACAUACAAUUUAGAUAAAUCGUACGAAGCGAAAUAUGUCAGAGUGACACAGAAUGAAGCAUGCCCAGGAUAUAAGCCUUGCAUUUCUAUUAAUAAAUUUGAGAUUUUCGGAGAUGUGAUUGAUGAUAAUAUGAGGCAAGAAGAAGAUGACAACUUUGUUUCUUUCCACGAUGUUUAUGAAGAUGUGAGCAUUAUUGGACAUAUUUCGAAGAAUUCCAAUCCGAAAUAUAAUUAA